CUGUGGCUCUGCAGUGUGUGAGGUGGAGGAUGAGGGGACAUGUAGGGCAGUAAGCUCCUCAUUCACGCCUCUUUUCCCCUCGUUAUAAAACACUCAGAUUAACAGAUGACAGUUAUACAGCAAGUUUCUGCUGACAGAAUGAAGAUCAUCAUGUUUUUCCCAAUUCUGCUUCUGGUCUGCUCUGUUUCAGCAGAUCAGACUGAGACUGCAGUCCAACAAUCCAAUACACAGGACAUCCAUGCUGUGCUGAGAGAGCUGACCACCUCAUUGGCUGUGCAGAAUGAGCGGAUCACUGUCCUACAGAGAGAGAAUCAAGAACAAGAAGCAAAGUUGGAGACCCAGAAAACUGAACUACAGAGUCAGAAGACCGAGAUCGACCAGCUGAAGGAGCAGCUGCAAGUCAAACAGGUGGCUUUCUCAGCCUCUCUGCUGGAUCACGGUAAUGGACAUACUGGACCCUUUAACACUCAGAUUACUCUGAUCUUCAAACAUGUUGUCACAAACAUUGGAAAUGCCUACAACCCACAAACAGGUAUUUUCACUGCACCAGUGAGAGGAGUCUACCACUUUGACUGGAGUUUAUAUGAACAUGGAAACAUUGCUGCAGGUGUUGUGUUGUUCAGGAAUGGAGAGAACAUUUUUAUUGUAUAUGAACAUCAACCAACUGGUGGUGUGACCGCCUCUAAUGCAGCCUCACUGCUUCUAGAGGUUGGAGAUCAGGUGUCUGUGCGUCUCUGGGCUAAUUCAAGGGUAUAUGACAGUGAAAACCAUCAUACAACCUUCAGUGGUCAUCUGAUUUUCACCAUGUGAGAGGUGUGACAGCUCCAACACUUCCUGUUUGGACUGUCCUGUGUGGGUGGAGCUUGGACAUUUUUAGUAGUAAAACAGGAAGUAAAUCACCUGCUGGAAUCAGUUUCUUGCUCUCUCUCUCUUUCUGGUUGGUUCUAGUUUUGUGUUUAUUUGUUUCUACUUCUCCUCUGAUUCUACUGACUCAGAUAAUUUACUUCCUCUUCUUAUCUUUGAUUCAAAUAAAUCCAUUUAAAUGCUCAGUGA